GUGAAGGUUUCUAUAUUCGAAAUGGUCGGCUUAUUACCAAGCUGGGUCUACUUCAGAUACAAAUAUGCAAAGCUUGUUGAGCUUUGGGGUGGUAAUCAGGAAGUCUAUGUCAAUAAAGAAUGGCACGAAUCUCACCAGUUGCGAAGGGGCCUAAGCACCCUCGGCUUCUUAAUCGACAAACCAACCGGUGCAGAGACACUCGCCGACCGUGUUCUCCGCCUCUCUGUUGGAAACAACGGCCAAGUCAACCCUAUGGCCUACGAGAAGAGAGAUAGACUGGUUCUUCUUCGACGACUGUGUGAUUAUAGCGCUCGAUGGUGAGAAUUGGUCUAUGCCUCAUUACAUCCACAGCAUUCGAACCUGUGUCUUCAGGCUCGACAAUAUUUUUGAUGGCACAGUUUUUCGUGAAUCCCAGAAUCCACCUCCUGAUUUUAUAUGGUCCCAAUGUUCACACAUUGAAGAACUUAUAAUUCUAGUCGGUGGAUUUCGGAAAGAAGUUCCACCGUCAAGAAUGAAGGUAAUUAAAGCUUUCCAAGCUAACCUGGUUUCCUUCAAGGAUACGCUAUCCGAAUUUGAGGAUGAGAUGUCCGAGCAUGAAGAUACACGAUACGUCAAAUAUCUUCUCGAAUCUGAGAGGUAUAUGAUUGAAGAUAUUAGCAGGCAUUGGUCAUUGGCUUUCCAGUACAUGAUGACAAUAAUGAAAUUUCUAUUUGGUUGGCAACCCCUGAAGGACACGACUGGCUUGGGCAUGAUUGGAAUGAAAGUUCUCAGCCAGGUUCCCGGUUCCCGGUUCCUGGCAUCGGCAUCCGGUUGGUGGUGGUUGGCGUCUGAUUUUGGUUUCCCAUGGCUAGAAACCGAACAAGGGCUAGGCUGGCUUGAUACUCAUAUGGGCCGGAAAUUUCUCAAAAUUAGACAAGCCCUACUGUGGUUAAACACCGGUACCUAUACCUCAUCGAGCCUUACACCUCUUGGAACACAAGUUUGGAAAGCCUGGUUCAAUACGGUUGCGGGAAUAGAAUGGAAAUUCCAGAAUUGCCCUGACGGAAACCCGCCGGCGCCCCCACGACCACCUCAAAGAGACUCAACCCCGCCUCCGAAUGUUGAGUUUCCCAUAUACUUCAAAAAUCCACACUUUCGAGGAUGGCGUUUUGUUAUUUGUCCGGAGGAAAUUGCUAAGAGGGCAGCAAGCCGUCGAAAAUAAGGCCAAGGAGAAUGAGAAUAGUUAGAGG